UGUAAAAAAAAUACUUUCGUGUAGUCCCAAUUCGAGCAAAAUUUACCAGUAUUUGGUUUUCAUUCAACAGACACGUUUCAGGAGAUUUUUGCAAAGAAAAAUGUUGAAAGGCAAUGAAGCUCCUGAAAUAUGCGUUACUAAUAUAAUGUGCGACUAUUGUGCUUGGAUCAGUAAGAUCUUGGCCAAAAUCAAGGCCAGAGAGACUCAGAUUAAGAAAAAGAAGAAAAAGGGAGUAGAUCCGGUUGUAGUUGUUCAUGGAGGUGCUGGGAGAAUACCCCAAUACGCACGGAAAUUUAUGCUUGACGAGGUAAAAAAAGCCGCAAUAACGGCGUAUCUCGAUCUAACUAAAGGAUGCUGUUCGUUGGACGCGGUUGAGCGUGCAAUUUGUCACAUGGAAAGUAAAAAGUACUUCAAUUGUGCAUACGGAGGCUCCUUGGAUGCUAAUGGAGAGGUCGUGAUGGAUGCCGCGAUAAUGACGAAUGAUCUUCGCGCGGGUUGCGUGGGUGCCGUUCGUAAUAUAGCACAUCCCAUAACAUUAGCCAAAAUGGUCUUGCAGCAAACGGAACAUGUGCUUAUAGUCGAAACUGGAGCGCAAAAGUUUAACUUGGAAUCGGGCAUUCCUACUUUGUCACCUGGCCAGUUGAUCGUUACGUCUGAUUCGAAGACAUCCUUACACGAAGAAGGAAAUAACGCGCUAGAUAUCAGAAAGAUACAAGAGCUUUUAGACGAUGGGGACAAACAAUCUGAUAAAAAAGAAUGUAUACCGGAAUGUGUAAUUGAAAGAGAUAAGGAGGAAGGUGCUACCCUCGAAGUCACUGGGAUAGACGAAUUCUUGGAAAUUGAUCCUGAUUUUAUACAGGUUGGCGCGGUUGGAGCGGUGGCGUACGAUCGAAAGAAACGUCUCGCUAGCGGAACUUCGACGGCUGGAGAAUCAGGAAAGCUGCAUGGAAUUAUAAGUGCGACUGGAACAGCGAUCGGUUGCGGUAUUUACGUUGAUCAAUACGGCUCCGUGUCUGUUUCGGGUUGUGAUAAAGCUAUUUACAAAUAUGCGCCAGCCCAGAGGAUCUUACGACGACUGCGGCGAAAGGCGACGUCGAUCGACGAAGCGGUUACCGAGGUGUUAAAGGACUUCGAAGAAGAAACUGGAGGAUCAUUUCCGCCGGAAUAUGACGUAGGUGUCAUCGCGUUGACUGCCAAAGGAAUACCAUCAGUAUCUUUCAAAUGCGCACAUUUUCCCUGGGCAUAUUGCGACAAAGGCUAUGUGUAUUAUGGUUGCGCGAGGAAUGAGAUUUUUUCAGAAAAAAUCGAUAUCAUCGAACGACCGUUAGAUUGCAUGUGUGAAGAUUCAAAUUAGGUGAAAUGCACGAAUUAUCAGAGAGUCGUUAGAUUUUAAUCAGAACUGCAACAAACUCAACUAACGCAUCUCUCUGACCAAAAUAAAUCAAUUACAUUUUAAUAUUUAUUUGUAUUUUUAAUGUUUAAAAUAUAAUUUAACUCCUCGGGAUUUCUUCUGCCCCUCACUUCCCCUCCUCGGAGAAUCUGAGUUUGAACCGGCCUAUAUACUCUACUAGUAUCUAAAAAUU